AUGUCCAAUAAAGCAUCACACUUGAAACGCUUAUAUAAAUUAUUCUUAAAGACUGGUUAUGCAGCAGUUGAAGGAACAGCUAAAAAUCAAAAGCCAAUGAUCAAAGGUCUGAUCAGACAAGGAUUCGAUCGUUAUGUGUACUGUACAGAUCCAACUAUUCUAAGAGAACUAAGACCAAAAGUCGAAAAUACUCUUGAACUUCUCAAUCUUGCAGCCAAAAGAAAUGGAUAUGAACGUGAUAUUGUUAUUAAUCUCUGUAGACUAAAAUAUCAUUGGGAUAAAUAUAAUUUAUAUCCGCCAGAGCAAGGUCGCAAAGUAAACAAGAACAUUAAGGAAGUCUUUGAUCGUUCAUAUGAUGAAUUUGUUCUUUUGAAGGAACAAUUGAAUAAAGACCUGAACUUGUGUCUUCCGUUAUGA